GCUGGUCCCCGUGUGCUGGGGCAGGUUGUUUUCCAUGUGUAGUGUGCGUGCCUCAGUUUCCCCGACGUGCUGCACGAAGCACGAGGGGGAGGGGCAGGCAUCUGUGCGGAAGGCUCCAGAGAUCCAGGGAAACUGAGGCACGUGCUCUCUGCACACAAAAUAGUCGGAAAAACCCGCUUCGUCCCGCCCGGGGCCCUCGGGGCUCUCAGGAGCUCUGGCCCCACCAGUGUGGGCACCACGAGGGCGUUCGGGCCAACGGCCGCCCCCAGCUGGCACCACGGGCACCUUGCCAGUCUGUCACCACCGGCACGAGGCGGGUCAGAGAAGCAAAUCCCCGGCCCUUCGUCUAGGCUCGUUUGCCAGGGAUGUACGCGCCAAUUUCGGGUCUGGCUUGUGGGCAUCACCCUGCCCCAUCUCCCCCUUGACCGCCCACCCCAUGGCGCCCCACCAGCCUUGGCUGCUGCUCCUCCUGCUGGCUUCCUGGCCGCUCCCGGGCUCCUCCGAGACCCGCUACCAGCCUGGGGACCCCGUUGUGCUCUACGUCAACAAGGUGGGGCCAUACCACAACCCCCAGGAGACCUACCACUACUACCAGCUGCCCGUGUGCUCUCCGGAAAAGAUCCAGCACAAGAGCCUGAGCCUCGGGGAGGUCCUGGAUGGGGACCGCAUGGCCGAGUCCAUGUACCAGAUCCGCUUUCGGGAGAGCGUGGAGAAGACAGUCCUGUGCGUGAAGACGCUCACGCUGGAUCAGGUGGAGCGCCUCCGACAGGCCAUUGAAGAGCUGUACUACUUUGAGUUUGUGGUGGAUGACAUCCCGCUGCGAGGAUUUGUGGGGUACAUGGAGGAGAGCGGCUUUCUGCCCCACAGCCACAAGAUCGGGCUGUGGACCCACUUGGACUUCCAUCUGGAGUGGAACGGCGACCGUAUCAUCUACGCUAACGUCAGCGUGCGAGAUGUCAAGCCGCACAGCCUGGACGACGUCCGCGGGCCCGGGCCCCUCUCCCUGACCCACACCUACAGUGUCCGCUGGUCUGAGACGGCUUCGGACCGGCGGGGGGAGCGGCGGGGCCGAGGAGAUGACGGGGGCUUCUUCCCCCACACCCUGGAGAUCCACUGGCUCUCCAUCAUCAACUCCAUGGUGCUGGUCUUUCUUCUGGUGGGCUUCGUGGUGGUCAUCCUCAUGCGGGUGCUAAAGAAUGAUCUGGCCCGGUACAACCUGGAUGAAGAAGCUUCCUCCUCCUCCUCCGGGGACGACUUUGACCAGGGGGACAACGGCUGGAAGAUCAUCCACACCGACGUCUUCCGCUUCCCUCCCUGCCGCAGCCUCCUCUGCGCCGUCCUGGGCGUAGGCAGCCAGUUCCUGGCGCUGGGCACUGGCAUCAUUGCCAUGGCCCUGCUGGGCAUGUUCAACGUCCACCGGCACGGCGCCAUCAACUCCGCCGCCAUCCUGCUCUACGCCCUGACCUGCUGCAUCUCCGGCUACAUCUCCAGCAACUUCUACCGGCAAGUCGGGGGCGAGCGCUGGGUCUGGAACAUCAUGCUGACCACCAGCCUCUUCUCUGCCCCCUUCUUCGUGACGUGGAGCGUGGUGAACUCGGUGCACUGGGCCAAUGGCUCGACACAGGCCCUUCCGGCCACCACCAUCCUGUUGCUGCUGACGGUCUGGCUGCUGGUGGGCUUCCCCCUCACCGUUAUCGGGGGCAUCUUCGGCAAGAACCGGGCUGGCCCCUUCGACGCACCCUGCCGCACCAAGAACAUCGCCCGCGAGAUCCCACCACAGCCCUGGUACAAGGCCACACUGGUGCACAUGACCAUCGGGGGCUUCCUGCCCUUCAGUGCCAUCUCUGUGGAGCUCUACUACAUCUUCGCCACGGUGUGGGGCCGGGAGCAGUACACCCUCUACGGCAUCCUCUUCUUCGUCUUCGCCAUCUUGCUGAGCGUGGGCGCCUGCAUCUCCAUCGCCCUCACCUACUUCCAGCUCUCGGGCGAGGACUACCGCUGGUGGUGGCGCUCGGUGCUCAGCGCCGGCUCCACCGGCGUCUUCAUCUUCCUCUACUCUGUCUUCUACUACUCACGCCGCUCCAACAUGUCGGGCGCGGUGCAGACCGUGGAGUUCUUCGGCUACUCCCUCCUCACAGGCUACGUCUUCUUCCUCAUGUUGGGCACCGUCUCCUUCUUCGCCUCGCUCAAGUUUAUCCGCUACAUCUACGUCAACCUCAAGAUGGAUUGAGGGACCCUCUCCAGUUGGCUGUGGUGGCUGGCCAACUGGUGGGGACGGUCAAAUUUACUUCCCUUAAAGAUCUCUCUCAUAAGCUGGGGCUUCUAUGGAGUUCCUUUCCCAUUGGCCAUGACGCUUGGCCAGCUGGUGGUUAGAGAUGGCUCUCUUAAAGAUCUCUUCUCUCAUUGACUGUAAUGUCCAGCCAAUCAGCAAGUAUGGAUCCCCUAAGGAUCUCUUCUCCCAUUGGCUGUAAUGUCCGGCUAGUCAGCGGCUAUGGAUCCUCCAAAGAGCUCCCCUUCCGUUGGAUGGGACUGCUACAGAGCUCCCCUCCCAUUGACCAAGAUGUUCAGCCAAUCGGCCGGCAUGACAAAAGAUGGCGACCCUAAAAAGCGCCCCUCCAUUGGCUGGGACCAUUAAGGAUAUUACCCUCCUAUUGGCUGAGAUGUCUGGCCAGUCACAGGGCACCAUUAAAGAUUGUCCCACAUCCA